AUGGGAUCAGACUCGUCUAAACCUUCUCAAAUGAAAGGAGAUAUGUAUGUUUCUCUUGACGAUGCCAAUGCAAUCGUUGGAGAAUACGUUCGUGGCAAUGUUCACGUCCAUCUUAAAGACUCUGUUUCCAGCCCCAAGCUUUUUAUCUUCUUCAGAGGACAUGAGAUUGUUGAAUUCUGCACAGAACGCCAAGAAUCUAAUGGAGAUCAUGGCAUGAUCACUUAUCAAAUAAAUCACAGUGGAAAAGAGCUUAUCAAAAAAGGUAGAGCCAUUAUCUUUAACAAGCCAGACAUGACUGUAAACCCAGGGAACUACUGUGUUCCUUUCAAAUUCCGACUAUACCCAGACCUCCUUCCUUCUUUCAAUGCUACAGUUUUCAACAAGGGCUCUGCUAAGCUUGAGUAUAAAAUUGGUGCAUUGCUGGAAACUCAAGGAGUAAAGUACAUGAAAUUUAAAAAGCCUUUUACUGUUUUGUCUAACAGUUUUCCAGUCCUCCCAGAACUUUAUCCUCAGCAGUUAUCGCAUGAGGUUUCAGGUUACAAUAACACAAUCUGGUGCGUCAAUAAAGAAAAAGCAUCAGUUAAAGCAUGAAUUGAAAAGCCAGCUUUCGGGUCAAAUGAGCUGAUAAAUCUCUUUGUGGAAGCUGAUCUAAAAAACUUUUCAUCAGAUAUUAGGAAAAUAGAGGUAGAAAUACUCAAAAUCACUACAAUUAGCGCAAAUAGGAAGAAUUGUGUCACCAAAACACAGUCAAAAAGUAUAUGGAAAGAUACUUUUAGGACUGAAAUUUUAGCGAGAUCUGGCACACAAAAUAGGAAAUUUAGUAUUCCAGUUGCAGAAAUACUUAAGCAUGAGCGUACAUAUACUAUGAAGUCAUAUCUAAUUAAGUGCCAGUACAUUGCAAGAAUUAAAAUGCAUACAGAUUACAAACUCUUUAGAUGCACUGGAUUCCCGACAAUUGAGCAAGGCAUUGUAAUUUUGCCAUUUGUUGUUGAUGAGAAAGCUGAAGAACAUAUGGUGCACCUAAAAUGUGAGAGCUCUGAUAUGUCAUCUCUUAUUACUCAAGCCUCUGUCUCUGAUGAGUUUUAA